ACGGGAUGCGGAAAAAAACAAGUUCACAGUUGAAGGUUAGGUUUAAAUAUUUAAAGGGACCUCAAGGUUAUUGAAUAGUAGUAUCUUAAUAUUAAAUUAUGCUUAUCUUGUAUUGUCCACAUAAGAUUAUAUUGCAUGUUCAAUUCGCCGUAUAAUGUCCAAAAUGAGAGCUCAAGACAAGGACAAUAAAACGCUUCCAGAUAAAUUGAGACAAUUUUUUCGUAUUAAUAAGGGAAACUUUCGAAGUCGUGAAGAUAUUACAUUGACUCAUGGCAUUGAGAAGGAAAUUAGCUCCGACAGUCCAGUCCAUUGUCGUACAAAAGUUAUAAAAGAUUUAAGCGAUGCUGUUUUAAAUAAUCAAUGGGAGGAUUGUGCUGCAGAAAGAUUGUGGUAUUUGGUGCAGGAUUUACUUGGCCAAGAUGUUCCUAGAGAGCACAGACAUAUAACAUUGAAUUUUUUAAAAUGUCUCGUUCAAGGCCAAUAUUCAAGGCUUUCAUCUUUAAUGAGGGUAAAGUUCUUCAAUGUUGUCAAAGAACACGAUAUUCCAGAAGAUACAGGCUUAAGGCUGGAACUAUUACAAAGUUUGACUGAUAAUGGAAAAGAUAUUGUUCAUCUAGAGGAGAAAAUGGGCCCUUUUCUGCUUACCUGGAUGCCCACCGUAACAGGAGCUGAUGGAAAGCGCGGCGCAGACUUCUUAUCUCUACUUGUUAAUGUUAUUAAAUUUAAUUCGGCCUGCAUCGACGAAGAUAUUAUAUCUGGUCUUGUUCAAUACAUUUGUCACUUGUGCUAUUACAGUAAUAGCACAGAAGUUGUUUCAGCCAGCUUGGAGGCACUCGAUGCAAUUGUUUGUUACAGCAAGUUACAGCCAGAUUCGUUGCAAACAUUUAUUAUAGCAUUAUGUCGAAGCGUAAAUGUCGAAACUUACUGUCAAAUCAGUUGGAAGAUAAUGCGUAAUUUAUUGGGAACGCACAUGGGACAUUCGGCAUUAUAUAAAAUGUGUUAUUUAUUACAAGAACCUAAUUUUCAAAAAGAUGUUCGUCUUCUGAGAGGUGCUGUAUUUUACGUUAAUAUGGGUUUAUGGGGUUCGCACAGAAUACCUAAAUUAAAGUGCACACCUUCGUCUGUAUUACCAUCAUUUUAUCAAGCAUUACUUUGCAAUCAUCCCAUUGUUAUGUACGAAGUCACCUUGUCGAUUCAACGAUUGGUUAACAAAUAUGGCAUCGAGCUUGAGCAACCUACUUGGAGCAUUAUUUUAGAUAUAAUUGAACAAGUUAUUGCACACACAGAGAGUAGUAAUCAACCAGCUACCAAACAAGUUUCAACCAGUUUGCACGUAACGAUCAGUAGUAUUGAAAAUCUGUUGGAUAACAAUUGCUAUAACGGAAAUGUCCAAAGAUUUUACGAACUCGUUGAACGUUGUUCUGAUGCAAGACCGGAAGAUUCUGUCCUGAAACUUAUAGAUUACAGGGCUUCAUUGAUUGGUCCGACAUGUUAUCAGUGGCAAUCUAAAUUAAGCUCUUUGAUCGAACGUUAUUAUAAAAUUGAAGCUAGAACCAAUAUUCGCGUUAAGGUACUCGACGUUUUGAGUGAUGUCAUUCAAAUAAACAGAUCAAGGUACGAGGAUGAACUGAUCGAACGGAUCGUUGUACCGCACUUACAACACGUUGAAACUGAUUCUGAUGUAACGAUACGCAAUUGUGCUGUUCAUUUAUUGGUUGAUUUAUGUUUGGAAUGUGAAUCAAAAAGAUGUAUGGAAUUGUUAGAUAUUUUAGAAAGGAUAAUCAACAAACCAUUUACACUAGAUGCGCCAGUACAAGUCGACACGGAUAUGAAAGAUGUGAAAACCGCGGUUGUCGGCGUCAUAAAGAUUUUAACGCAAAAAGUUUAUCGUUUGCCAUCCAUUCACGCCAUUCGUGCUUACCAAGUGCUGGUGAAUCAUCUAGAAUUGCAUUAUCAAGAUAUUAAGGAAAUUUUCCGAGACGUUUCUACAAUUCGAUAUUUGAUUUUUGAGUGCUUCCUGAAGGCCAGAGCCAAUGGAUUGGGCUACCUAGGUUUCCCGGACCCGCUUACCAGCAUCGUCAAUCGCUACAGUCCUUACCUCGUGCUGGAAAACACGGCGUUCAGCUCGAGCGGUAGUGGGACGAGUCCACCACCCGCGAGUCCCGUUCCCCUGCAAAGCUCCUCCAGCCAGAUCACUAACAUCUCCUUGGCUCAUGCGUGCAAGGCUGUGACGACGGCGGUGAAGCAGGAAAAAGAUUGGCAAGUUUUGCAGCUGAUACUGAAAGAAUUGCCCUCGUUGCUGCAAAAUAGGGCGUUAAUUUUGUCCCGUCACAGUAACGACGUCGGAUCGCUUGCAAGCGCGCUGUGCUCAAUGAUCGAUGACAAGAAUUUCAGACCAGCGGAUUCAUUACAAAAUGUCUUGUGCAACACGCCCCCCAAAUUUACGUUUUCCGAAUUUCGUGUACAUUUUUAUCCUGUUCUCGCAUCCUGCACAUCAUACCAUGCGCAUUUUGAUUUAAAUACUCAGCAGCGUCUUAUAAAGUCUUUUGAAGACGGUUUAAGAACAACGUGCGCAAGUCAAUGUGUUACGAGCUUAAUGACCUGCACCUUGGAAAUGCGCGACACUAUGUCAAAACUCGUGUCCAACGUCCUUCUAAGCCUAUCGAAAAUAUCAGGCACAGUUCACAUUGCAAUUCCAAUAUUAGAAUUUCUGUCGACGCUCACUCGUUUACCUAAAGUUUAUGCAAAUUUCACGGACGACCAGUACAUGUCGAUAUUCGCCAUAAUUUUGCCUUACACAAAGCCAACUAAAUACAAUCAUUAUACAGUCUCAUUGGCUCAUCACGUUAUAGCCGUAUGGUUUUUAAAGUGUCGACUUCCAUUUAGACGAAAUUUUGCAAAAUAUAUUACUAAAGGCCUGAAAACUAACGCUAAAAUGCUGUUAGAAGAAGGAAACAUAUCAAAACCAGAUAUCGGCCUUAGCAACGAAGACUCCUCCAAUAGAAAGCGCAGUUCCAGUCUCACGGAACAAGGUAGUAGAGCACGAAAAUUCGUAAGGGAAAACAGAGCUUUAGACUUGAAACCCCCGGUUGAUAAAGCUUUAAUGAAUUUCCAUGUUGAGCUUACGGAAACCUGCAUCGACCUCAUGGCGCGUUACUCAUACUCCAUGUAUUCAGCACGUCCAAAGAGGCUUUUAGCGGCAGAUUUCCUUUUGAAAGAGGGCCAUUCGGUAACGUGGAUAUUAGGGAACAAAUUAAUCACCGUCACUACGAGCGGUUGUAGCAAUAAAGCGAUGCGUGGUCCACUAUGUGAUAAUUGCUGGGCAGCCUGCAAAUGCAGUCCGGAUCAAACGAGGUCUAGUCACUCGAGCUUGUUACGCGCCUCGAGCGCCGACGGGAACAAGGAGGAUAAGCUCUCUCGGCAAUCGUCCGACGGGCACGCGAGCUCCAGUGCCAAUACAGCGGCCAACUCGCCGACGGAUGAGAACAAGCAGCCUCUUGAGGAGUCGGAGGUGCUUGAGCGAAACGAGCACCAGCAGCAGCAGCAGCAGCAGCAACAAAACGAGACGUAUAAGCUCGAGCAGAUGAUGAGCACAGACAAGCAGGAGGAGCAUCAGCCGUGCGCUUGUUGGUGCCAAGGCUGGGCAGAAAUAUACGUGAGGAGGCCAACUGGCGACAUGUCCUGGAUUAUGAGAAUACAGAACUCCAUGAACCUCGACACGACUUAUGAUUUGCCGCUCGAUAAUAUCACCGCUCUCUACAUGCCCACGACAGACAUGUUGCCCCAGAAAAAUCAAGAUCUCAUGUUGGAAUUUUCCGAGGACGAAAUCCCGGAUACGGCAGAAAAAAUUCUUGAAUCAAAUCAAACGGAGGCUGGUCACGUUAUCAAAUCCGGAACGUCGUUUGCUUCGGGACCGAUCGACAUACCAGGCUCGCCCGCGCGUCCUAGUACAUCCAGACCAAGCCCCCGAGACAGUCUUGAGAGCUUGGACGAAGGGGAGGAAGAAUCGAAGAAGUCUCGUAAUCCAGUCCGUAGAUCCAACUCGAGUCCGGAAAUGAGCUCGAAUUGGAAGAAUCCUUUCUUAAAUAAAGAAAAAUUAAAUUUAUCGCAAGCUGAGCGAGACGAUGGUAACGCCGACUCUGAUGCCAAAUCGGACGAACUUAAGAAACACAUUAAAAACACUUAUUCUAAAGAUAUGAGAGUUAGCUGUGAAGCUAUACCCGAGGAAAUAUCGGGAAUGGGUACUACACCGCCUUCGGCUGAAAAUAUUGGUGAACAUCCGUCAGGACUAUUGUCGCAACGAUCUUACCCAGGUGCCGGCCAGGUUACGCAAACAAUAACUGCUACGAGUAAUACAGUGCCUCCCUCACCCACUACCAGCCAGCCCGUCACGAAUUUGUUGUUGUCGCAAUCACAGCUUGGUCCCAAGCCACCUCAGUCGCCAACCCAAAUCUAUACUCGGCUUACGAAUUUAGAUUCGAGCCAUAGUCGGCAGUCGUGGAUCGUGGACUCGAAGCCACCAAUUGGUAGAAACGUUCUGAUAGAAAAACUUCGAGAAGACAAGGCAGAUCCAUCAUCGUUGCCACCCCUUGCGUUUCGUGAUCGUGGGUAUACGAUAUCAGUAAUGAGUCCGGCAAAAAUUAGACGAAACAAUCCACCUCGAAUGAAAGAUCCUCCGACGCAAAUGAAUUUACCCAACAACAGGAGUGGAAUUAACCCGAGCUUUGUAUUUUUACAAUUAUACCAUUCCGCCCAUUUCGGACUAUCGGUGGAAAAACCAUUAUUAGUGCCACAAACCAAUGCCCUCCUACAAACUUCUAUUACAAAUUUAGAUAGAAUACAACCAUACGAGACUCACAAAAUUGGAAUAUUGUACGUUGGUCCGGGACAAGCUUGGAAUGAAAUAGAAAUUCUGGCGAAUCAACACGGUUCGUUGCGUUAUGCGCAAUUUUUGCAAAGUCUUGGUACACUCAUAAGGCUUAAGGAUGCGGAUGAAAGUAUUUUUCUCGGUGGACUCGAUCGCAAUGGUGAAAAUGGAAACUUUGCGUACAUUUGGCAGGAUGAUGUUACACAAGUGGCAUUUCAUGUGGCAACAUUAAUGCCUACCAAGGCUAGUGAUCCUAAGUGCACUUCGAAGAAACAGCACAUAGGAAAUAAUUACGUUUCAAUUGUAUAUAACGAAAGUGGAGAACCAUAUAAUAUUCAGACUGUCAAAGGUCAAUUUAACUAUGCUUGCGUGGUCAUUCAACCUCUUGAUCAUGGAACUAACCAAUUGACGGUACAAGCAAGAGAAGAACUUAGCGAGCACAUUGGACAUAGUGAGCCAAAAAUUAUAUCUGAUCAGAAUUUGGCGAUUUUAUCACGGCAAUUAGCUCUUCAUGCGAACUUAGCAUCGAUGGUUUGUUCAUCGUUGAAGCAGAAAGAUCGUAAUCCUUAUGCAUCAAACUGGUUAGAACGAUUUCGUCACAUUAAACGAUUAAGAAAGCGUGUGCUAGAGGAAUUAUUACGAAAGAAUCCGAAUGACGAUGGAAUUAAAAAUUCCUUAGAAGAAGAAGACAAAUUGAGAAUUGUGGAUGACCUUGUUCAAGACUUUACAGAUUUCACGACUUAGAUAAUGUGUUUUUAUAAAGAAAGUGAUAGUGAUUUCAUGUAACUGUGUAUA